AUGAACUUUCAAUUCUAUCCAAUCAUCUCUUUCUCAUUCCUCGUAAUCCAAAGCUGGAUAUUACUGUCAAACCAAUCAUCAAUUUUUCUGUCCAAAAGACAAAUCUCAUUAUCAGAAUUACCUUCAUGUGGUCAAACAUGUUAUGUUUCAUCAAUAGGUAAUUCAGGUGGUUGUUCAAUCACUGAUUUUAGUUGUCUUUGUCAAAGUUCAUCUUUUAUGAAUUCUUCACAACUUUGUUUUCAAAACACAUGUGAAUUGAAUGAUAUCAAAACGAUCUUUAAUUUAAGUCAACAAGUUUGUCUUACUUUAAAUGUAACACUUUAUCGUAUUAAAGCUUUCAAUUCAACUGAUUUUUCAUCAAACCUUACCAAAAGUUCAUUAGAUCCAUCUGUAAACAAGUUUUCUUAUUCCGGGUUUUAA